CGGCGGACCAGAGACCAGAGACCAGAGAGCGAGAGCGAGCAAAGCUCACAAGGCGAAGCGGAAUUGAUUGCGACCACCACCACCACGUCUUCUCCACCUCCGUCCGAUCCGUCGUCACCAAGCCACCAUCAUUGGCGCCACCGCGCCGCCCGCCCGCGGGAGCCCAGCUGCGCAUUCUUAACUGUUUCUCUCUUGGCUUCUCGGCGAAGUGUUGCGGUUGCGGGGGUACUGGAGUGCGGAGAGCAGCGCGGCGGUACGUGUGCGUUGCUGCGCUGUGCUUCCACAGUGAGCUAGGGGAGAGCGAGGGAGGAAGCACCACCCACCACACCACCUCCAUUAAAGGCGCUCACGCGCCGCCCCUCCGCCUCCACGAGAAAGCGAGGCGGGAGCGAGUGAGCAGGGGCGUACGUCCGUCGUCAAGGCCAUCUCUCUCCUCCUCACUUCCUCCCCUCACGGGGACAGCCACGUACAAAGGCAGCUCGCCAACGCCCAGCACCUCCCUCGCCGUGCGCCUUUAAAGACAGCGCGCGACAAGCUUAAAGCUGCAGAGGAGGUGACACAGAGGCCAGAGCCGUCGCGCGCGCGCGAAACCGAAAGCAGAGAGGAGCGGCAAUGGCGGUGACCGCGCGGCUCGGCGCGGUCGUGGCGUGCGUCGUCUUGGCGGCCGUGGCGGUGGCGCCGCGGCCGGCGGCGGGGAUCCUCGACCCGGUGGACUUCCUAGCGCUGCAGGCGGUGCGGCGGUCCCUGGACGACAUGCCCGGCUCGGCGUUCUUCGACGGGUGGGACUUCACGGCCGACCCGUGCGGGUUCCCCGGCGUGUUCUGCGACGGGGACCGGGUGGCGGGGCUCGCGCUCGGCGACCCGCGGGCGGGGUCUCCGGGGCUGACGGGGAGGCUGGACGCAGCGCUGGGGCGGCUGUCCGCGCUCACCGAGCUCUCGCUCGUGCCCGGGCGCGUCGAGGGGGAGCUCCCGGCGUCGCUCGCGUCGUGCUCGAACCUGCGCUUCCUGGCGGUCAGCAAGAACCUCCUCUCCGGCCAGAUACCGGACGGGCUCAGCGCGCUGUCCAACCUCCGGACGCUGGACGUGAGCUUCAACCAGAUCUCCGGCGCCAUCCCGCCGUCCGUCGCCGCGCUGCCGUCGAUCACCAACCUCAUCCUCUGCCACAACCAGCUCACCGGCGGCGUCCCGUCGUUCCCGGACUCGUCCCCGCUGCUCCGGCUGGACCUCAAGCACAAUGCGCUCUCCGGCGGCGUGCCCGCCCUGCCGGCCGGGCUGCAGUACCUGUCGCUGUCCGCGAACAAGCUCAGCGGCACGGUGGACCAGGUGCUGCCCCGGCUGGCCCGGCUGAACUUCCUGGACCUGAGCGUGAACCAGCUGGAGGGCCCGAUCCCGGCGUCGGUGUUCGCGCUGCCGCUGUCCGUGCUGCAGCUGCAGAGGAACUUCUUCGCGGGGCCGGUGCAGCCGUCGGGCGACGUGACGAUCCCAGUGGUGGACCUGAGCUACAACCGGUUCUGGGGCCAGCUGUCGCCGCUCCUCGCGGGCGUCGGGCAGCUGUACCUGAACAACAACCGGUUCAGCGGCGAGGUCCCCGCGCGGCUGGUGCAGGAGCUGGUGGGCUCCGGCGGCCUGCAGGUGCUGUACCUGCAGCACAACUUCCUGACGGGCAUCGAGAUAUCGCCGUCGUCGUCGCUCCCUUCCACGGUGUCGCUCUGCCUGAUGUACAACUGCAUGGUGCCGCCGGUGUACGCGCCGUGCCCGAUCAAGGCCAGGUCGCAGAACACGCGGCCGGCCGACCAGUGCCCGGAGUGGAGGGGCUGAGACGCCAAUGCCAAAUACCGGAUCACCGCAGAAGAACGACGGAUGGAGAUUGCGAAACGGCGGUCUCUGAUUCUUUGAUUGUUUUUUGUCCAGUUGUUACUAGUGUUUCUUACUAUUCUUUUCCGGUUUGGGGAAGGAGGAUAGUUACAGACAUGUAAGUGCCUUGAUAGCCGUGAUUUACAGGUGUAAGUUUUUUUAGUUGGUUUAUGUGCAUUGUGUGUAUAGCGAGCAGUACUCCCGUAGCUUCUACCACAUGCUUUCAGAUCAGAUGAAUGAAUGGUGUUAGGUUAUCAAAUCAUGUCACUGAACAAAUCUGCUGUUACCCGCACCAUUCCAUCCUUAUGGGAGGAAUGGUGGCUGCAUAACAAAAUCAGUCAUUCUGAGGUCAUUUAUCU